AUGGCUGAAGAACUGGACAUCGCUAUCUUAGUAGUAGGGAUAGAUUUGAAUGGUCCUAAGACCUAUCAAAUACUGUACACUCCGGAUAGAGGGCCCUUUCAAUCCGAUACGCCUUUAGCCGUCCUUGGUUACCACGCUUCCACCGACGAUGAUGCAAAAGGGGAUGCUGAGGCAGGUGGUGGACAUUAUGUGUACUUUGAAGAAGAUGAAUUCCGAGACCCCGACCGAUAUCUUUGCAUCUAUCCGGACGACUUCGCUCCUUAUAUCGACCCCACUGCCAUUUCUACGACUCAAGCUCAUCAUCGACCACCAUCCGAGCCGCUUGGUUAUACCUUCCUGAACUCUCGCCCUUCCAAUGAGAUUACAUCGUUUCCUCCACCUCAUCCUGAUGUUGAUACCCAUUCUCCUCCCUUCGCCUUGACUCCAACGAUGAAGGUACAAGAUAAUCUGUAUCCUAUAUGGAAUUGCAGAGCUUCAGGAUGUGACGAACGAUGUCACACUAUCUGGGAGCUUCGUGCUCAUCACGAUACCCAUGAAGAUAAGCAUCCGAAGAUCUUUCAAUGCCCUAUCUGCUCAAGAUGGUAUGAUGCGGAAGCAGCUAUACAGCAACAUUGCAGAGAGAAACAUGAGAUGGUCAAGUGUAUUCAGUGCCCAGCGCCUCUGAAUAAUGGUCACCCAUGUUCCGCUCUAUAUUCGGACUGUUCGAAGAUCAAGACACAUGUGGUGAACCAUCCUCAGCAUUCGAGAUGCCGAGAAAUACCAUUCCAAUGCUCGAUCUGUAUGGCAAUCUGCAAUACCAAGGAAAAUAUGGAGAGACACAUCAAAGUCAAGCAUGGAGAGAGGAUGCCAUGUAGUGAAGGAUGUGGUAAGACGUUCGCGGAUGUUUACAAAAUGAGAGCGCAUGUGAAGAACCUUCAUCAAGAUGAAAACGAAAUUGACCUGGAGGGACUACCCAUCGACCUUCAUCGAUUGGUUCCUCGCGCACUGUCCAGAGACCGCGAGGUCGCAGGGGAAGCGGUAGAAGAAUUUGAUAACAUCUUCUCUCAUCUCCACGAGUACCCCACGAUGAUCGAGUACUUCUCCGACGAAGAGAACGACCUCUGA